GCCUUAAGACUCGCACCAGCCCUACAUAUAUUUCGUUCUCCUCGCGCUUUGCUGUUCCAACAAUCAGACCAAAACAAUGGUCUCCACUAGAAGCGGUGGAGCCGGCGGCGAGCUGCUGGAAUCGAUCUACUCAGUCCUCGUGCUCGCCCUUGUCCUCGUGGCGUGCGUCGAGCUUGGCGACGCUGCCACCGCUGUCGACGUGUACCGCCUGAUCCAGUACGACAUUGCCGGAGUGCCAUUUGGGUCUCGCCUUGCCGGCCUCAACCACCACGCCGGCUCUUCCUUAUUUACCACCAACGCUGAUCUCUCUCGCACCGCUGUCAUACUUCCCGUGCGCGAACUCAACCUCACGCUUCUCAAUGAGUUUAUCACUAGUAAACAACCAUUGGGUGGAUUGUUGCUUUUGCUUCCUCGAAGGACUGGCUCAAGAGAAUCAAGUGAGAAAAUACACGGUGAUAGUCUAACGAGAAGCAUUUUGGUUGAGUUGGAAAAAUUGCUCAUACAUUCAUAUAUUCCUUAUCCAGUGUAUUUUGCAUUUGAGAAUAGUAAACUUAAUUCCAUAUUAGCUGAUGUUCGGAGGAGCGAUGCUACUGGUCAGCCUGCUUCAGCAACAAGUGGCGGAUACAAGCUGGUAGUAUCGUCAUGGGAACCUAAGAAAGUAUCAUCACCCACCAUUACAAAUAUUCAGGGUUGGUUGCCUGGGCUAAAAGAGGAUGAUGAUACUAAUCAAUUGCCUACAAUUGCUAUAGUUGCAUUCUAUGAUACUUUUGGUGCUGCCCCGGCACUCUCAGUGGGGAGUGACAGCAAUGGGAGUGGGGUUGUGGCGCUUCUGGAAAUAGCACGUCUUUUCUCUCGACUUUAUUCCAAUCCCAAGACAAGAGGAAAAUAUAAUCUACUUUUUGGGCUAACAUCUGGUGGACCUUAUAAUUACAAUGGAACUCUUAAGUGGCUGAGGAGUUUUGAUCAACGACUAAGAGAGAGCAUUGACUAUGCCAUAUGCUUGAAUAGCAUUGGCUCUUGGAACAAUGAGUUGUGGGUUCAUGUAUCAAAGCCACCAGAGAAUGCUUACAUAAAACAAGUGUUCGAUGGUCUUUCGGAUAUUGCACGAGAUAUGGGAGUCAAAAUCGGCAUAAAGCACAAAAAAAUAAAUAUAUCAAAUCCCCGUGUUGCAUGGGAACAUGAGCAAUUUUCUAGAGUAAGAGUAACUGCUUUGACACUUUCUGAACUUUCUGUACCCCCUGAACUACUGGAAAGUACAGGGGGUCUACAUGAUUCGAGGAAUUUAGUAGAUGAAACAGCAGUCUAUAGAAGUGUAAAAUUAGUUGCUGAGAGCCUUGCUAGGCAUAUUUAUGGACAACAAGGUAGAAAUAUCCAGAUUUUUGCAGAAAGCAGUAGUUUGGCAAUUAAUCCCUCCUACAUAGCUUUGUGGCUAGAUCUUUUGUCACGUACUCCUAGAGUGGCACCCUUCCUUGAGAAGACGAACUCAUUCAUUUCCGCUUUGAAAAAGGAACUAUCUGAUCAUACAGUUGAUGUGUAUGGAACGCAUGAAAGCAUUGAUGGGAUUUUCACUUUCUAUGAUUCAACAACAGCAACUCUGAACAUUUAUCAGGUCGCAAGUGUCACUUUUGAUCUACUCUUGCUGCUUGUGCUGGGCUCCUAUAUAAUUCUUCUCUUCUGUUUCCUGGUCAUCACAACACGAGGUUUUGAUGAUCUGAUCAACAUGUUCAGGCGGCCACCAUCUCGGAAAACGAAAGCAGCUUAAUCCUGGUAGGCAUUGGAUUGUAUAAUAACCUCCAUGAAUGGAAUAAAAGAACUUUUUCAGUUUUAGUCAAAAGAUAAGCCAUUUUUUUAUGAUUUAGAAAGAAAAUUUUGUUUGUUUUCUGGAUAAAUUUAUUAUACGAGCAUUAACAGAUGGUUUUUUUUCUGCUUGGUGGAUCAGUAGGUCGCUUGAUAUUUGGAUUAUUUGCAGUGAUUCUUUGUAUUUUUUUAGGGUUUUGAGAAAGCGGAGGUUUUGCCGUUUGUUUUCA